GGACCAGGGGUAAAAGGGGCACUUCAUGCCCAAAUUGAAUCUGAUGCUCGAUCAAUGCUUCUUCGCUGGAAUUUGGCAACGCGGCUGGUCAACAUCGCCGGAAUUGACAGAGGUUGGUCGCUGGGCUACCGGAGUCACUGGUAUUCGUCGGGUUGGAAUGGGGACUUCCCUCAUUGGAAUCUGGGUCGUUCGACCGCCACUCGGCUGGAUGUUCGCCGCUGCCGGCACGCCGCAAAUCAUUGAUUUGGGGAUAAUGGGAUAAAUAUGAGAAGAAGCAGAAUCUUGAGUUCAAAAUGGCCGUGCAUUUGCGGUCGGUAGGCAAGUCACUCGAGCAAAUAUCAUUGAACAAUUCUUUUCAGCUAAUUUCUCGCCUGAGUUCUUUGAAUUCCAAUUCCCAAGCUCAAAGAUGGCAAUUCCAGAGCAGGCGCACUCUCAUCCUAGAGCCAUUAACGUCUGAAUCCGUAAAGUUAGAACAACUCGCGGACUCCGAUUCUGGAAUUUUGGAGCUUAAGUUGGACAGGCCGGAUAGAAAGAAUGCGAUCGGGAAGGAUAUGCUAAAAGAACUACAUCAUGUGUUUGAUAGAAUAAACGAAGAGCGUUUGGCUAAUGUUUUAAUGAUCUGCAGCUCUGUUCCGAAGGUGUUUUGUGCUGGUGCCGAUUUGAAGGAGAGACGGACAAUGGCUCCAUUAGAGGUCAUGGAGUUUGUGAACACUCUUCGGAAAACAUUCUCUAGCCUCGAGGCACUUCGUAUUCCUACAAUUGCUGCUAUUGAUGGUGCAGCCUUGGGCGGUGGACUGGAAAUGGCGUUAUGUUGUGAUCUUCGCAUUUGUGGGGAGGGUUCUGUUUUGGGCUUGCCAGAAACCGGGCUUGCAAUCAUACCCGGAGCUGGUGGGUCACAACGGCUUCCUAGAUUGGUUGGAAAAUCAAAUGCAAAAGAUCUGAUAUAUACUGCCCGAAAGAUUAAUGGAAAAGAAGCCUUAUCAAUGGGGCUCGUCAAUUAUUGUGUUCCUGCUGGCGAAGCUCGUCUAAAGGCACUUGAAAUUGCACGUGAUAUAAAUCAGAAGGGACCACUUGCAUUAAAAAUGGCAAAACAUGCUAUCGACGAAGGAUAUGAGUUAGAUAUGGAGUCAGCUUUGGCUUUGGAGGAGGAUUGCUAUGGUCAACUCUUGACCACAAAAGAUCGGCUAGAAGGGCUUGCAGCAUUUGCCGAGCGAAGAACACCGAGAUAUACCGGUGAAUAGACACACCAGAAUAGCAACAUCAAUUGCUUACCAAUGAGUCUUUAAGAAUUCAAAGCAACCAUACAUUGAUUUCUUCCUUUUUUUGGGUAUUUUUCUGAAUCAUUUUUGUUUAAAGCUCGGAUUGCUAGGGGAAGGCUUUCUUCCAAGUUCCAAUGGUGGACUCAAAUCACUCGAUUCAUAAUGACAAGAGUCAAGAACCUUAUAAAUUAUAAAUAUAAUAAAUGCUAGAAGCUCAUGAAGUUUGACAUCAAAUAUUUUACAGACAUGCACAAAUAAUAUUUUACACAUGCACAAAUAGUGACUUUAGGCGCGUGACAUACAAUGACUGAUUAUGUGUGUCUGCGAAAUAUAUGGUGUCAAAUCCG